AUGAAGGCCGUUUCAUUCAUCCUCGGCGCACUCGCCUCCGUUGCCUUCGCACAACAGCACACGCUCUGCAAGGAUUACGAAUAUUUCUCCAGCAACGGUUACGAGCUCAACAACAACAUCUGGGGUCGCAGCGCUGCGACCUCAGGUUCGCAGUGUACCUACGUCGACAGCGUUUCCAGCACAGGCGCGAAAUGGCACACGUACUGGCAGUGGACGGGCGGAAAGGACAACGUCAAAUCCUACGUCUACUCUGGACGUCAGAUCACCAAGAAGCCUGUUAGCCAGUACAGCAACUUAGAGACGGAGGCGUACUGGGUCUAUGAUACCAACAACAUCCGCUGCAACGUUGCAUACGAUUUGUUCACUGCUGCGAACAUCAACCACGACACCAGCAGUGGUGACUACGAGCUCAUGGUCUGGCUCGCCAGAUACGACGUCUAUCCCAUUGGUACUUCGCAGGGUAUGGUGACAGUUGCUGGUCGCACUUGGGAACUUUUCUACGGCCCUAACGGUUCCAUGAAAGUCUACAGCUUCGUACCUUCUAGCCCUAUCAACAACUUCAAGGCAAACCUCAAGGACUUCUUCACCUACCUCCAGAACAACAAAGGCUUUCCCGCGUCGAGCCAAAACCUCAUCACUUACCAAUUCGGUACUGAGGCUUUCACCGGUGGACCUGCAACGUUCACUGUGAACCAGUGGUCUGCUAACGCUUGGUAA